CGUCGAUACGGUAGCAUUUGGGGAAACGGAGCCGACAACAGUCGGAUUUGCACGAGAGCGUUCGAUGGGAUGGAAGCUGUUGAUUAGCUGCUAUCAGGGUUGUGUGUACUAGGUUGUUUCGUUGGCAACGAAAUGAUAAACUCAUGGUGAAAACGAGCAGAACAAUCUAUCGUGACUUACUUCAAAACAAUUUAAUUCGUGGAUAAUUGAAAUUUACAAGUGAUACCAAAGUCAAGCAAAGAUUUUGUUAACUAAAUUUAGCGAACACUCAAAGUUAAAAAAAGAAAAGAAAAAAUGCUCUCUUCAAAAGCGAACGCAGCACUGGCGCGUUUGAAAGAAAUCGAGGAGAAAUAUAAAAUAAAACGUGAGGAGCAAAAGUGGAACCGUAAAGAAGACACGGAUAGCUCGAUAAGCAGUGUUUCGAUAAUUUCUUCGGAAAAUCCCUGGGCGGAAUUAAAGAAAUCACCGAAGAAUGUCUCAAAGCUUAAACUUGACAUUAAGAUACCAGAUAUGCGAUUCAAAGAACGUGCGGAAGAAACAAAACUUUCAUCGGAUAGUAAGAAAUCAAUGCCGGACAAGAUGAGUCCGGAAUCUUUCGAAGAUGUCGACGAAGCCGACCUUGAUGUUACGAUGCCGUCGAAAGAUAAAUCGCCGCGUUCCACAGGAAAGCAAGAAAGUCUCAUCUCGAACGUAACGAGUAUUCAAGAAAAUAGCUCGAUCGAAAGCGUGCUCGAUGACUCGAUUAUUUCGUCGAAAUCACUCUCGCGCUCGAAAACGUCACGAGAAAAUUUUUCCUCGGCUAGCAAUAAAUCUUCCAGGCGCGAAAGGACAAAAGCGCCUGCAAAGUACGAGAAAAGGAAAGAAUCCGAUAAAUCAGAUAUUUCCAAGAGAAAAGCAUCAUCUGCUAAUUCGUCGAUCACAAAGCAAUCGAAAUCGUUCGAAAAAUCGAACGAGAAAAUUGUCAAAGUGCGUUCUAAUCUGAAAUCGAGAGAGCGUUUGAUUAAAAAAGAAGUAACCACUAAAAUACCGUACAUAUAUAGUACAGCUAAUUUUGAUCGAAAUUCGGAUCGCUCAAGGUCUUUCCGCGAUGAUAGCAUUAUCGAGGAAUCGAUCGGCAUAGUGGACGACGGCAGUGAAAUUAUUUCGGAACUUUCUCGUGCCAAAACAAGUAUUACAGUUAAAACCGAUGAUUCUAUCAAAAGUUCCAAAUAUUUGGUAGCUGAAAACGCUUUUGUAAUGGGUCCGAAUAAUUCCAAACAGCUGGCAACUGAAAGCGGAUAUGCGAACGACACCUUCGAAGACAUUUCAAGUUCGACCAUGCGAUCACAAUCGCAACGCGAAAAAAUAAUUGAUGAAAAGCAAAAAAUAGAUUCAGCAGAAGCUAGUAAGAAAAUCGAAACGGUGUUACUCGAGGAAUAUAAACAUCAUCAAACAUCAUCAAAUAAUAAGAGCAACAGAAAGGGGCACGUUAUCGAAGUCAUGGCUUUAAAACCAAAUGAGAGUAAUUUGGAACCGUUUAACUAUGCCAAUGAUUUUGAAAGCAUCGCAAAUUCAGAUAACGCAAUCGUGCGUUUGAUAAAAUCUGCCAGUUUGCGUUCAGAGAAACGUUAUCAAGAACAUCGACCAGAGUCAUUUAAAACAAAUAUUUCAAGUGCCACAAACUUUAAUAAAAACAUAUCUGACUCGUCGAAGUCGUUGACCGGAGUCAGUGAUGUGACUAACACAGACGAGAAGAAAAACUUUCCGGAGAUCAAGACGACUUCUGUUCGACAAGAAAGCGGCCAGGAAGAGUGCGGGAAAGCAUCAAACAAAAUAAGAGAACGCACAAUGAUAAAUAUCACUGGAUUAUCUGCGGCGGAUGAGGAGGAUAUAAUCAAAUUAAGUUUAUCAGAGAAAUAUGAAAAAGAAGUUUCCGAAAAGAGCUCGGAUCAACGCAUUUUCCAGGCUGCCGAAGAUGUGUUGAGAAAUUUGCACGAAGAUGCGAUAGAUGCGCUGGUCAAGCGAUACGCGAACUCGAAAAAAGCAAAAGAAGCGUCGGAAAAAUCUUCCGAGAGUAAAAUAAAAUCUGAAAUCAAAGAUGUAAUGAAAACGAGAAAAGAGAUGCCGAAAGAAAAAAACGAAAAUAGCCAUUCUUCAGAGGAAAAUAAAAUAUGUGAUCGUAAUAGUUGCAAAUCUAACAGCCAGAAGAAGAAGAAGAAGAAGAAAAGCGUUAGAAUUACAAAUUCAAAAUUGGCGCAAGCUCACUAUACUGGAAGUAAGGCUUCAAGGUUUGAUGAGGAACAAAUGCUCUAUUAUCAGAAACAAUUUAUCGAAUUGCGAUUGCAGCAGGAACGGGAAGACCUCCAAAAAUAUCUACGGGAACUGAAGGAUUCAAAACUGGAGUCGGGUUUUACUCAAAGCUAUUUCAGUCCCCUAGAAUUUCCGAAGAUUGCAGAAUUUACGCCUGACGCAAUCGACUUGGAAUCAAAACCGGACGAUCAGCACGUCGUGCUUCGGGAGAGAGUUUCGGCGAUCAAACAGAGUUUAAAGGAUCAAUAUAUCUUGUAUCGUGACUACUGUACUAUGGCGCAAGCGAUCAAUGCUCACUAUGUUCCCACGACGUUGCAGGAUACCAAAAAGACAAUACGCGAGCUGCAGGAAAUCAUAAUUAAAAGCAGAUGACGUUGGCCCAUCUGAAAGCAGAUACGUCUCAGAUUCUUCAUUGAAAUUAUCUAUGAUCUAGCAUUGGAUACUUCGAUAACAUGACAAAUCUAAAGAAGGGAAAUCUUAAAGGCAAUUUUCUUGCCAUCCGAAGGACUAACGAAUAGGCAUGGCGAGACAACAGACCGUGGAUCGAAACAUUCCUCAUUUGCGGGACAUCUUCGGCUUCGGCAGCAAAUGGGACGCACGUG